UAUUAUUUCUGUCUCGGAUAGAUUUCAUCAUCAUUAAGUGCACGAAUAACAAUUUCAAUUAGACAUCGAUCCAAAUUAAAAUGUAGAAAAUCUUAAAGUAAAUAACCAAUCGCUUCAAGGUACUCAUCACUCUAAGAUUCGUUGAUUUGGGUCCAGAUUAAUUUAACUUACAAUGCGUUGCUACAAAUCAAGUACUUUUGAAUGAAACUCCAGUUCACACAAUUAUGAAAAAUGAAAUGCAAUAAAUUCAUGUGCAAAUAGUACCUGUGACAUCCUCCGUUUGCAGUUUAAUUUGAUCCUAUACAAUCUAUAUGUUUCAGUUCAUUAGAC